CGGUCAACCGAGUCGCGCCGAGUUGACCCAUCCGGUUCGCAAAAUAAACAGCCAGUAUAAAAAUAAAGAAUAGAAUCUGAAAAUAUCCAAAACGACAUAACAGUUUCCGAUUCCCAACGCUCCCCACUCCUCUAGUCAGACCAGAACUUAGAAGAGUAUAUAUAACAUAACCCACUUUGUUUGUAUUGAUCUACACAUAUUUGCAGUGAGGAUAGAAUUGGAGUGAUGGGUUUUGACAUGGAAUCAGUGGCAGAAGCAACAUCAGGGGCAAUAGGAGCUUUGGUUAGCACCACCAUUUUAUACCCAUUAGACACUUGCAAAACCAAGUAUCAAGCUGAAGUCACUGGCCCAAAUCCUAAAUACAGGAAUCUUUCUGAUGUUCUCUGGGAGGCAAUCUCUAAAGGUCAGGUUCUGUCUUUGUACCAAGGGCUUGGGACAAAGAACCUGCAGUCUUUUAUCUCACAGUUUGUAUACUUCUAUGGAUACAGCUUCUUUAAGAGGCUGUACCUGGAGAAAACUGGAUUUAAAUCUGUUGGAACGAGAGCUAAUUUGAUUGUUGCUGCUGCUGCUGGAGCUUGUACUGUCGUUAUAACCCAGCCCCUCGAUACAGCUUCGUCCAGGAUGCAAACAUGUGCGUUUGGAAAGUCAAAAGGCCUCUGGAAGACUCUUGCAGAGGGAAGUUGGAAAGAGGCAUUUGAUGGUUUAGGCAUCUCUCUUCUUCUAACUGCAAAUCCUUCAAUUCAGUACACUGUGUUUGAUCAACUGAAACUGAGAGCCCUUAAAGGACAGCAGACCCGCACCCAAGGUAUAGAAUCAUCUCAGCAAGCUCUUUCUGCGUUUUCUGCUUUUGUGUUGGGUGCUGUCUCGAAAUGUGUUGCGACUUGCUUAACAUACCCGGCAAUCAGAUGCAAGGUUAUGGUGCAAUCUGCUGAAUCUGAUGACGAAGAAACAGAUGAGGGUAAAAAGAAACCCAAGAAAACAUUUUUUGGUGCACUUAAUACCAUAUGGAAAACAGAAGGCCUACUAGGAUUUUUUAAAGGUCUGGAUGCCCAGAUCCUGAAGACAGUGCUGAGCUCUGCAUUGCUCCUAAUGAUCAAGGAGAAGAUAACGAAAACCACAUGGGUCUUGCUACUAGCAGUCCGGAGGACUUUGUUCUUAACCCGGACCAAGUUGAAGAGCUCGUAACAUGAAAUGUACAAGUAUAGCUCAUGGAUUUACUUAUACAUAAGGAUAACCUACCAUAAUGUCGGGGAGUUCCUUUUGGUGAUGUUUCAAUUAUUUUGUGAAGGAUGGUAGAAGAUAUUCUUUGUAUCAUUUAUAAACUUCUUACCAUAUAUGUUUUCCCCUUCACAGGGUUGAUUUCAUUCUUCCCUCCCUGUUGAAGUUUUCGCAGGGUCUAAUAAAUGACAUAAAUUUGUUCCC